AUGGUUGCGUUGCAGUCUUCCGAUCUCUCUCUCUCUCUCUCUCUUUCGUCGGCUUUAUGCCUCUAAAUAUAUAAUGUAUUCAUAUUCAUAUUUAUAGGGGGAGUCUUUGUCACAUGCAACUGCAACAACAAUGGGAAACCUGUGCAGCUGCUUCUCCCCCAAGUCUGUGAGGCAGAAGAGGAAGACCAAGGCCUCUAAGCGAUUGCCCAAUUCUUCUUCCACUGCUGCGGGUGCGCUGCCCACUGGCUCCAGUAAUCGAUGGACUCGAAUGCGAUCUUCUCGCAAGGAGAAGGUCCAGGAUGCGCUUAUUCAGGAACAGGCUAUGGCGGCGGCUAUCCUCUUUCAGCAGCAUCAGCGCAACGGGGGGCCUCUGCCCUUCGAUCGCUCCACUUCUCUCAGGUUUCCCACUUCUGGGUCCAAGAAAAAUUCGCUGCCCAGGAGUUCUAGCUCUAGGGCUCGCUCUCUCACUGAUCCUCUGCUUCAGCCUCAGCAGCUUGUUAAUCAGGAUGUGAAGCUUGAUGAUCUAGAGACCAACCAUUUUGUCCUUGUCCAUGGAGGUGGUUUUGGUGCUUGGUGUUGGUAUAAAACUAUAGCACUUCUAGAAGAUGGUGGAUUUAGAGUUACAGCUGUAGAUUUAACUGGUUCUGGAAUUCAUUCAUUUGACACCAAUAGCAUUACAAGUCUUCCCCAAUAUGUGAAGCCAGUCACAGAUUUUCUUGAAAAACUUGCUGAUGGGGAAAAGGUGAUAUUGGUUGGACAUGAUUUUGGUGGUGCAUGUAUAUCAUACAUGAUGGAGUUAUUCCCUUCUAAAGUUUCAAAGGCUGUUUUCGUUGCUGCAGCAAUGUUGACUAGUGGACAAAGUACUCUUGAUAUGUUCUCCCAAAAGGGAGAUUCAAAUGAACUGAUGCGACAGGCUCAGAUAUUUUUGUAUGCAAAUGGGAAUGAUCAUCCUCCAACAGCUAUUGAUCUUGACAAAUCAUUGUUGAAGGACUUGUUAUUCAACCAGAGUCCUACCAAGGAUGUUGCAUUAGCAUCUGUUUCAAUGAGACCAAUGCCCUUUAUGCCAGUAUUGGAAAAGCUCUCUCUUUCCGAAAAGAACUAUGGUUCUGUCAGGAGGUUUUAUAUUGAAACACCUGAAGAUAAUGCUAUUCCAGUUUCGCUACAAGAGAGCAUGAUAAACUCAAGCCCACCAGAACAGGUCUUCCGGCUAAAAGGUGCCGAUCACUCACCCUUUUUCUCAAAGCCUCAAGCCCUGCACAAGCUUUUGGUAGAGAUCUCAAAAUUACCAUCAACUUAGAAGAGUCUUGGAGCAGGAUGGUGGAUGGUUUUUGGAAGUCCCUCCCCCUCCUUAACGUCUGAUAUGUAAUACAGUCGCAUUAUGGGCACAGGUUGAGUGAUGAUGUACAUGGCGCAUAAUAUCAAACAUUUUCCUGUAAUGCCUAUGCUGCUUAGAAAAUUUCAGACCUGUUCUGCCAGAACAUGAAUGACGUUCAAAUCUUUUGCUUUCACUCCCUUGCCCAUCUUUUGUUCGACGUUUUUUUUCCUGUUAAGAGAUGCUUAUAAUAUAUCAAUGCUACUGACAAUUAACAUUGUUGGAAUUGCACAAUAAUUUGAGUGGCGAUUUUCUUCC